AGAGAGUAACAAUAAAAUGGCAAAACUAAAUUAAAAUUAGAAGGCAGACGACUUUGAGUUUGAGGAAAAUAAACUACUGUAGUAUUAAAAGCAACUUCACAAGUAAAUAAAAAAAAAAAAAAUUGACUUUAAAGUCAAGGACAUUGUAACACGCUGCAGUUGCCGGCCGGGGCUGAAAACCCUAUAAAUGAAGUAAAGAUUCUUUGCAAUUUUUAUAUCAACUCAUAUUCAUCUAGCAAAAGAAAAAUCAUGACAGACCCUUGUGUGCAAUUUGUUCUUGCAAAGCUCGAUGCUUUUCUAAAGCGAGAAUUGCAGUUGCCAAAGAAAGUUGAUACUGGAAUCCGGACUUUGGGAAGCGAACUGGAUUCUAUAGCAGCAUUUCUGAGUGCAGCUCAUCAAAGAGCGGUCCAAGAUCAACAAAUUUUGAAUUGGGUUCGAAAGGUUCAAGAUGCAGCUUAUGACAUCAUCGACAUUCUUGACCUUUUUGACCAUCACAAGGCAGAAAAUGGCAGGGCAAUAUCGGUGACCAGACGGCGGGCAUACCGGUCAAUUGCCGAUCAGAUAAAUGAUAUCAAAUCAAUUCUCGAGGAAAUCAACAAGGGUAGAGAAAGAUACCCACCAGCAAAUUCGUCCCAAGCUGCCUUACCACCAAGUCCAACUACAAACCGUGAUUACUCAGAUCUUCAUCCAAGAUUUGCUCCUUUGUUCCUCUCAGAUGCUGAUGUUGUAGGCUUUGAGGAAGAUAAGGACAUGCUGAUGGCGUGGGCACUAGAUAUGGUGGAUGAGCACAAGGUCAUGUUUGUUGUAGGCAUGGGUGGAUCUGGCAAGACUACUCUUGCCAAGCAAGUAUUCGACGCAGUUAAACAAGACUUCUGUUGCUCUGCAUGGAUCAGUGUUUCAAAGUCCAAGAAGAAUCUGGAGAUCUUGCGGAACAUGUUAGAUCAACUAUGCAGAUGCAGCUCCAGGGCGGAAACAGCCCCAACUCUCCUGCAGCAAAGCUUGGACUUCUACAUCAACCGCAUUAAGGAGUAUUUGCUGGAUAAGAGGUAUGUAAUUGUCCUCGAUGAUCUGUGGGUUGAUGAUGUUUGGAGAUCUAUUAUGUUAGCAUUGCCAAGAAGGAAUAGGAGUAGAAUAAUCAUCACCAUGCGAAGAGGGGAUAUAGCCUAUUCACUGAAAGAUGGAUCCGUUGAUGUCCAUCCCAUUCAGCAUCUAUCUCUAGAAAAGGCUAAGGAACUCAUUCACAGAAUCGCCUUUCCAGGGUCUCGUAUAUGCCCUCCAGCUUUAGCUACACUGUCCAAUGAAAUUCUAGGAAAAUGUGAAGGGCUACCAUUGGCAAUCACUGAAAUUGGUCACCUUUUGUCAACUAAGGGGGAAAGGGAACCUGAAUGGAAAAAAUUGCGUGAUAGUCUUGCAUCAGAACUGACAAGCCAUGGCCGGCUUGCAAAUAUUGCAAAAGUGUUGAUUCUUAGUUAUGAUGACUUACCUUACCAUCUUAAAAACUGUUUUCUGUUGAUGAAUACUUUUCCCCCUAAUCACCCCAUCCAGCGCACAAAGCUAAUACGGUUAUGGAUAGCAGAAGACUUCAUCACAGAAGGGAACAAUGGAAAAGAACUCGAAGAUUUGGGGGAAGAAUACCUGAACGAGCUCAUUCAAAGAAACUUGGUUCAGGUGUGGCAAAUGGACAUCGAUGGGAGACCAAGAACUUGUCAUGUUCAAAAUAUUAUGCAUGAGAUUGUUCUCUCACAGCUUCAAGAUGAAAAGUUUUGUGAAGUUUAUCCAGAACAACGUACAUUUGCCGUCAGUAACGAAAGGAUCAGGCGAAUAUCGAUCCAUAAAGGUGAUCUAGGCCAGCUGUGCCCAAAUCUUCGUGCUCGUGCUUUGCUAAUAUUUGACUCAUUGGAUCCAUACCAGCACUCCAUUCCAAUUGGCUAUUCAAGCUUAAAGAUGUUGAGGGAAUUGCAUCUGGAGGGUGCAAACUUGGACAUGUUUCUUGUUUACAGAUAUGACAUUGAACAUUAUGUGGCAUUUAACACAAUUAAAGGAUUUGAGGUCGCAGGAGAGAUCACGUGGUCGGCCAAUCUUCGCAAGCUACUGUUUGUGCAAGUCAAUAAAAAUCACAAAAUCAUUGUUGCAAUGCGAGGCCUCAGAGAACUAAGAAGGCUGGGAAUCAUGGGUUUGCGCAAAGAAGAUGGAAGGAUCUUGUCUGAGACCAUUCAAAUGCUGCCAAAUUUGCAUUCUUUGAAUGUGGCAGCUGAAAAUGAGGCGGAAGUUUUAGACAUGCAAAAAAUUUCACAUCCUCCUCGACUCCAGCGUUUGUAUUUGAAUGGAAGACUGGAGAGGAUGCCUAUCUGGAUUUCCAAACUUCAUGAUCUGGUAAGGCUUCGUUUGAAGUGGUCUCGGCUGGAUCAGCAGUUCAGCAAUCCCAUUAAUACCCUUCAAGAUCUUCCUAAUUUACUAGAACUCCAGCUGCUUGACGCCUACAAUGGGGAGCAAUUGGAUUUCAAUGCUGGCAAAUUUCAGAAGCUCGAGAUACUGGAGUUAGAGCUACUUCGGCAGCUGAAAAUGGUCAUAAUGGAACGCAAUUCAUUGCCUUGUCUACAAAAGCUGAUCAUAAGGCGAUGCGGUCGGUUAAGGCAGAUUCCAGUAGGUAUAGAUGAACUCAGCCAACUCAAGGAGAUUCAUUUGUAUGAUAUGCCGAAAAAUUUUGUCUCCAUGCUCGAGAAAAAUGGUGGCAGUCUUUAUCAUCUUGUACGUCAUGUGCCAUUAAUACGUUCUUAUGAUGCUCAGAAUGGUGGACGGUGGGAUGUGAAAGAUCUUUCUGAUUGAUUAAAAAAAAAGAUCAAAAUGAGAGAUUCAUUCCCCCUUUUUGGUAAGGCAAAAAUUUCGGUUGUGUAAAUUUAUGAAUUAUAUGUAAUUCCUACAGUCACAAGAUCAGGAUUUUCUUCUGUGAAAUAAUUUUAGUACUACUAUAUAAGUUGUA